AUGUCUGACGUCGGCUCGACUUUCUACUCGAAAUGCAGUCUACAAGAAGGUAGAAAAGCCUGGGUAGUAGACGACAGUCAAAACUCGGGUCUGAAAUGGGCUAUCAAGCCCACGGCUCCAGACUUUGACGAAGAUAAAGUGGAAUGGAUCUAUCUAUCCCACAUCGAGUCUCUCAGCAAAGAGCUCUCCACCCGCGAGAAAGCUCGCCUGGCAGAGGCAGACGUCUCCAAAGGCGCGAUCUGGGCCGAAGACCCAGCGUCAACUGGUGCCCUCGCUUUCCUCCCGGUCAAGUCUACGUGGUAUGACCCCUCUUGCGCUCCUCACCCCGUCGGCAUGCGUAUCAAGACGGGUACCCCGGCAGAAGACCCUAUAGUGUUGUUUUUGACGAGUUUCUUCCCUAUCGGGUUUGAGUUUAUGGUCACACUCAUCUCUAAACUUACUCCCGAGUACCUUACCUUGGCUCUGCAGGCCUUUGACAAGGCAGCGUCAGAUGCUGGGAGGGAGGGGGGAUUUAUCUGGGGUUUGGAUCCUUCCAGUGAGAUCGUGGAGGCGUGGAAGAAUCAUGGGAGAGAGGUGGAAGUGAAGAAGAGGGCGGAGGCGAAGGGAGGUCUGUUGGGUGCUGUUUACUAUGGCGAAGAGGGCCAGGAAGGUAGAUCGCUCGACGGGCAGAUGUGGCACUGGCUGUAG